CAGCCAAAGCUCAGUCAGCUGAGUUGCUGUUUGUGGCCUGCACUGCUCUCGGCUCCCCACAGGAUUUUCCUAUUGUGUGUGAAGGUGUUUCUUUUUUCCUGCAGCUGGCCCCCCUGCCAGGCCGCAGGGCCCAUUCAUUUCCAUCUAGAAAUUUCUACAGCUGGCCUGCUGCCACCCCGGCAGGGGUUGCCUUGGAUGCAUAUUCUCUUGUUUUGGAGCACUGUGAGCGAAUACACUCAUCUGACUCCCGCCUGGACUCGCGCAUAGCCUGUGUGGCUGCAGUAAACAGAGCAGCGAGAGAAUGGCAGUGAGGGAACGGAGCCCGGCCUGGCUCACAGACACUUACUUGCACACAGCUGAGAGGGCCAGCCAGUCCUCUGCACACAUAGACACAAACAAGCCUGUGCUUCUACAGCUGGAACGCAGUGGGUUGAUCAUUAACUCAGAGGCGGCAGCGGCAGCAGCAGCAGCAGCAAGGCAGCUUAAACAAGUCAAGAAGUCCCCGGCUAAUUAGCAGCUCCCAAUAUGGCAAAUGACAGCACAGAUGAACUGACAGCUGAGGAGACACCAGAGGCUGAACCCAUAUAUGAAACUCUGACAUUCCUGGACAAAGCAGAGCAGAACCAACGGCUGGCUGUGGAGGAGCUCAUCAACACAGAGACCAGUUAUGUACAGAACCUUCAGCUGUGUAUUUCAGAUAUCCGUAAUCACCUCCAGAAAAAGCAGCUACCUGAGAUUGACCUGGAAGGACUUUUCUCCAAUAUAGAUGAUGUCCUGCACAUCUCCAGACGUUUCCUGAAAGGACUUGAAGCUGCAAUGAACCAGGAGCACGAGCAGCUCUACCAUAUCAGCACCUUAUUCCAAGAGCUCAAAGAGGAGAUGGAGAACGUCUAUAAAAUUUAUUGUGGUGACUAUGAUCAAGCUCUUCUACUGCUGGAGAUUUACAGGAAUGAGCCAAGGCUGCAGAAAGAGAUUGUGGAUACCCUGACUGUCACAGUGCCUCACAUUGGGGCUUCAGACCUGAGCUUCUUCCUGGUGAUGCCUGUGCAACGGGUCACAAAAUACCCACUGCUGCUGCAGAAGAUAUUGGAAAAUACCCCAGUCAGCGACAGUGCCUAUGGAGCUCUCCAAGCUGCAGCUGCUGCUAUGACAGACGUCAAUGCCAAUAUCAAUGAGUACAAAAGACGCAAGGAAGUAGCAAAUAAAUAUAACAAGCCUGGGUAUCUGACUCUGCGGGAACGCCUGGCUCGCCUCAACCCCCAUUCCAUUGCCAAGAAGACCACGCGACUGAGCCGCCUCUUUAUGCAGGAGGCUGGAAUUGUGCCUAAGACAAAGGACAAAGAGUUUGACACACUGGAAGAAAAGUUCCAAGAUUUGUCAUCAGCUGUAGCCGAUCUGAAGGAGAAUGUGGCCUCUUUCCUGAGCAACACAGAGGCAUUCCUCAGCUAUAAACCGCAUGAGAACGAACUAGGAACAGAAGGAGGGACUAUCCAACAAUAUUGCCAGCUUGCAGGAAAACUCCACAGUACUGUCUUUGCUGAGUUUAGGAGACGACUGGAGAACCUGGUGUACCUUCCGCUGGUCAACUUGUCAGAGACUCUGAAAGGGCCUCAAAAACUGAUCAAGAAGCGCUUGGACAAGCAGCUGGACUAUGAGGAAUUUGAGGAGAAGAGGAACGAGACAGGCAGCGUGACAUAUGAAGAGGAGGCUGCCAUGAAUACCUAUCUCGCCAUAAAUUCGCUGCUUGUGUCUGAGCUCCCAGUGUUCAACCAGGUGGCCCAGCAGUGGCUGGGGCAUAUUCUGCGUACUUUUGUGGCCCUUCUGAGGGAUCUGGCCAAGCAAGUUCUCCAAGAGGCAGAACGGGAGGCUACCCAGCUGCCACACAGACACCUCCCUGCACCUGAUUUUGGGAAGAUGGUGAAGGACUCUUUAAGCCAGGCUGAAGCUCAGCUCUACUCCUACUGCAAGAAAUUUGAGACUGUUAUGCCAAGCUCUGUUGCAGAGCCUCUUAGCCCUGCAGAGGAGAGGAAAGUCCAUUCGCUCAUGAGCAAACAUGGCCCAGAAAAGCUUUAUCAAGUGACAAGCAACACCAGCGGCAGCAAAAACAUGGACUUGGUGUUGCAGAGGGGGCAGAUUGUGGCUCUCUUGCAUGACAGGGACACCAAGGGCAACACUAACCGAUGGCUGGUGGAUAGUGGAGGACCAAGAGGUUAUGUAUCACCUGGGAAACUCCAGCCAUAUCAUCUAGUCCAAAACCAAAAACCCAGAAUGCAGGUGUCAGUCCCAGGUGGUGGUGGUGAACAGAUGCAUCACCCUUACAACUUGCCCCAAGCUCCCAGCCCAGCACUUCAUUUCAGGACACAGGCUUUACAUGUAGUUGCUGGUUAUCCAUUCGCAGCCAGGAGCAGUCAUGAGGUCAGCUUGCAAGCAGGUGAGCCAGUGACUGUGUUGGAACCUCAUGACAGGAAGGGAUGCACAGAGUGGAGCCUGGUGGAAGUGAAUGGCCAGAAGGGCUAUGUGCCUUCCAGCUACUUGGUGAUGGUGCCUAUCCCAGAACCACCUGGAUGGGGCUCACCUGCUUGGCCAUAUCCAGCGCCGCAGACAUAGCCAUAAGGAGAUGCUCAGUUUCAGAAGUUAGCUGUGCUGUCACAUACCUGCCCUUUCCAUUUCCUCCAUAAGACUUUUCAUAUUAUGCAGUGAACAAAGAGGCAGGCAAAGGGACCAGCAGUUCUGUGGAUUGACAUGAGUGUCAAGGAGGGAUUCAUGUCCUGCACAUAUUGAAAAGGUGUGAUUGGAUAUGGAUGUGUGGCUGCUCAUAGUGGCCUGAUUUUUUGAAAUUGUGUUUUCUUAACCUAACACUACUGAUAAGAUUCUUCCACAAGUAUUUUGAGGGAAUGUUCUCAUACAGAUGUAGCCUAAGGCUCAUCACUGGCUUUACUUGAUAAAGGGAUGUUCACAUGUGUCAAGUAAAUUACAGGGACAACAGACUGAUGUAUUCAUUCCAGGAUAACCAUCUCAAUUGGCAUCAGCAGGCCACCUAAACAAAAAGAUCAUGUGUCACAGGGCAAUUGAGCACCUUUUUUGCUUUGGUUGAAGUGAUGUUCUCCUUUUGACACAACGUUAGUGGGGAAACAGCCAAAGAAACUGGCUCAGUGUUUUCCACUGAUGUGCAUGGUUUGCCAGCUCCGAAGAUGCUAAGCCCAGUCCUGAUCUCUGAUAAUAAAUCAGCUUUAAUAAACUAGGCAAAGGUGCUGCAAUAUAUGUUUGCUGGAGAGAGAAUCAUAAUGUAUUUAAUAUGUAGCCAUCCUCUGAUAGGCAAGGAGAAAUAUCUGGAGCAAAGUCAGAUAACAAAGUCACAAGCGAGAAAGCAUGUAUGCUCUAGAUAACUUUUAUCUUUGGGUGUGGAGUAGUUGUCUACCUCUAGGAGAGAAUGCAAAGUAUUAUGGGGUUGUGGAGCAAGUCAGAUGCCAGACCCUAAGGUCUGAUUCGCACAAAACAUUACGAAUAUGAGCUCUUUAAUUCUUUUUAGUUUGCUUUCCUUCAGAAAGAGAAGUGAAGGCAAAAAGAAACAUGAACUGAGGUCCUUCUCCAGGCUUACGAACAAUAUAACGCAAGGAGCAGAUGCAGAUUGCUGCAUGGGGCAGAGCUGCCAGACUAGCUUCCUGGGCAGGUGGGUCUGUUUCUUACUGAGGGAGAGAGAGAGCUGGCAGGGAGGUCAAUGUGGUGCAAACACACAGGCAGAAAUCCUGGAUUGGCUCCACAGUUAUUAUUCUACUGUGCUGUUUUACCACAAACAUAGAAUAGAAUAAACUAAGAAUAAUGAUAAGAAUAUCAUCAUCCAUUCUUUGGUGCCAAUGAUGAUGAUGAUGAUUUCUUACUUGCCCUUCUCCAUAAGGUCUCAGGGUGUGUUAUAAUAUAGAAAUACAAGGGGUGGGAUUCAGCUAACAAGCCCUGUAAAGUGGAAGUCCUGUGCAAGGACUUCUGCUAGUGCAAUGGGGCUUUUCUCCCACUCCUCUCCCUUCAUGCCCAUGUGCCCUCCAAAAUUGUCCCGGGGGGGGGGUCUGGAAGAACCCCCCAGAACAUUGUGCAAGGGGAGAAGAGGGGAGGAGUUGUUCUAUCUGGCAAGCCAAAAUGCUUGUCCUGAUGGAAUGAUCACUUUGGUGCAGCGCUGAAGCCCUCUCAAGAUUAAAAUCAGUUAAAGCAAUAUACAGUCAGAAGAAUAGGGUGAGUCUUUAAAAUAUAUAUCUCAAGUAUCAAAGGCUAGGAUACUGAGUGUGUCUUCAACAUAGGCAGGAGAACUUGGAGCGAGGGAAGCCAUACCUGUGAGAUCACCGUGGCCUACAGGUAUGCCUAAAUAUAGAUGUACUUUCCAUGCCGCCCACCAAAAGAAUAUGCUCAUCCUUCCCACACUCAUGUCCUCACGACCAUCUCAGAACGCUUUUGGCACCAGCAAUGAAAACUGAUGUCUUCAUUGACCUGAGCGAUCAAGACUAUGUGAAACAUUUAGAUGUUCUAAUGCUCCUGUGUGUGGCUGAUAAUGCAGCUUAUGCUGUUUAAAAAUUUAGCAGGGGCUCUUCAGGUGUAGCUCUUGAAAAAUGCAUGGGAUUGCUCUUUGAUGUACAGCAUUUUAUGUGAGCUGGAGGACAAAGGAAGUGGAAAACAUUAUGUUGUAACUCACCCUUAAUAGAAGAUCCCUUGGGUUCGCACUGCGCACCCCAGUGCAAGGGCAGAAGUCGCUCCACUUUGUGAGAGGUUGGUGGGAUGGCAGCCAAGCGUGGGUCUUCCUCCUCAAAGCUUCCCUUGUUUUUUUUAAACUCCAGUUACUAUUCUGUGUUCAUGUGAACCUUGGCAGAAGAAGGUAAGGUCCUCAUCACAACACUACUGGGCUAUCCCAGUCAUAUGAAUUGAGCGCGAAAUGUCUGAAUCUUACAUGUGGCAGCAUCUGCAAUCUGUGGAUGCACCUAAAUAAAGUGGUGGAUGCACCAGUAACCACGGACGAUGAGCCUGCUCCAAUUCCUGUUUGUACGGGCUGUUUCCCUCCUGCAGUUAUGUUUAAGGCACUUUAUAUUUACAAUGGCUGUUUUGCACUGCAUUGAUUGCAAGAAGUAAAGAGUUGCUCCUCUACUCAAA